AGAGCACCAAAAUCGGAAGAUGUAUUCAAGCGACCUGAUGGAAUAAAACCUCUCCAUCGCGUUCGUAAAAUGUUAAAAGAGGGGAAUGAGAAUCUAGCAAAACCUCAAAAAGACUCUCAAGAUGAGGACACCAUUGAGCCAAUUGAAUCAUGUCCCGUUUUGGCCUAUCGUGAGCCCCUCCCCACUAAUGCCCGCCUUACAAAUAAGUACCUUCUUCACGGCCUUCAACCGAAGAUGCCAAUCAAUGUAGCUGAUGGAUCUAGCCUCCAAAAUCCUCCUGAAAGUUUGAUCAAAUCUCAGAAUGCCCUUGCAGACCGCUUGUAUGCCACUUACGCCACUCUUGCCACCCUACCUGUUCCUCAUCUCAUGCGACCUGUUUGCCAGUGGCUGGGUCUGCGUCUCUUAGGACGGGGUGAUCAGAAACAGGCUGCUCGGUACUUUGCUCAAGCCAUCGGAAAUGCCGCCUGUGGAUUGUUCACUUCUAUGCUGUCUUCAAAGAUUAAGAUUGAAGACGUGGCGCAGUCACUACGAACAACCUAUGCUGUGUCAGCUCCCUAUGAUUCAAGUACUUAUCUCAUUUCGAAUUGGAAAUCCAUUCCACCCACCAAUGUGAUUCAACUCAUGCUUGUGGAUGAAUUGGGUCAAUUAAGUAGUUUUGAAGGCUGCGAUGAGAAUGGAAGUCAAUCCGCGAGUGACCUUAUCGCUGGUGGUCUGGGAGCGAGGAAACAGUUGCAUCUGAUUGCUACUCGGUGGUUCCUGGGCGAGACGGAUGCGUGCAUUGAAUCAAGGGUUAUACACAAAUUUUCUAGUGUAGGUCCGCACUACAUGAGGGAAUUGGAGGACCUACAAAACCAGAAUAAUUCGUCUAUGUUGGAAAGCGAUAGACGUCAAUUUUGGGCACAGCGAUUCUCCCUGGAUUCUAGAUUAAAGAAUUUAAUUGACGGUAUUCGAAACGACUGUUUUACGACCGAAGAACUUCAAUGGAUUAAACAAAAAGCUGACUCACAAAUGUCAAUUCAUGACCGUCCUACUGUACUCAUUCUCGAUAGACAACUGACUCUUUUGCCAUGGGAAUGGAUCAUAUGGGGUCAGUUGGACGAAUGUGAUCAGAAUUGUUCUGUUCCCACUGUCUGUCGAAACUUCUCUCUCACUCUUCUAAUUGGUCAUCAGAGUCUAAAGAAGUUCAAUGUUGCGAAGUUCAACUCCGACUCCGCAUUUUAUGUGGUCAAUCCAGAGGCUAAUCUGCCAAGUACUGAGGAAACUUUCCAAUCCUACUUCACACAGCACUUCCCCAAAUGGAGUGGGAUCUAUGGACGUAUGCCCCAACCCGACGAAGUCGUUGAAGGAUUUGUUCAGAAGGAUCUCUUUGUUUAUCUUGGGCAUGGAAAUGGAUCUAAGUGCUUGAUGCCGACCUUUGAUGAGGGAGUAAACUCAAAAGCGGUGGCUUUUAUCAUUGGUUGCAGUUCUGGCCGUCCGAGAAUCGAGGGAAGGCAUGAGGCAUAUGCGUCGGUAUUCAACCACCUCAUAUCUGGGGCUCCUACAGCAGUGACCCUAAUGUGGGAUGUAACAGACAAGGACAUUGAUCGUUUUACCCAAUGUUUCCUCGAUAACUGGAUUCGAUCGAAGGAGAUCGGGGAGGAUGAGAAUGGAGACAAAGAAAACAAUGAGGCAGAAAGUUCAAGGCUAACCAUGACCUGGAAAAUCUUUAAGUCCACUAAGGUGUGCAAACUGCAAAGUCUAGUUGGCAAAUCGGUGAUUGUAUAUGGCCUUCCGGCAGUUCCUAUCUUCUCUCAUGCACAUUAG